AUGCUCCCACCACCUCAACCAGUUCAACCACAGACUCAGCCUGCGUUACAACAGGUUCAACAGUUUGAGCCAAUUCCUCAACAACCCCAAGCACAACAACAGCAGUUUCAUCAACAACCCACACCGCAACCACAGCAACAGCAGUCAGUGCAGCCUCAACACCAGCCACAACCUCAUCAGGUCCAGCAAGUGCAGCAAUCCCAGCCCCAGCCUCAGGCCCAACCACAGUUACAACCCCCUCCCCAACAAACACCACAACAGCAACAACAGGGACAGCAGGCACAGCAGGGGCAACAGAGACCAAACUUCCAAAUGGCUCUUCAGCCUCCUCCUCAGGAUCGGCUAUACCCCACCUUCGAGACCUUGCUGGCCGAUGUUAAGGCAUUUGCCAAGUCCCAAGGCUAUGCCGUGGUGAUUGUCUCAUCUUUAAACCGGGACAGUGAGGGCCAGUACCGGCGCUAUAACCUCGCCUGUGCAAAGGGAGGCAAGAGCUAUACCUCCCACAGCAAGGGUAUCCGCAACACCCGGUCAUCCAAGACCGGCUGCCCGAUGCGCAUGAAAGCAGUGCAGGAAAAGGCCUGGCCGUACAACGACAAGUGGCACGUGGUGGUGCAAUGUGCAGAGCACAACCAUGAGCCUUUCCAGGGCGGCCCAGGUGCCGACGCGCCAGCCCAAUUCCGUAAGAUUGAGGCGGACGGCAUGCGCUGGCUGAUGAUAAUGCAUCGCGAGGCCCAGUGCAACCUGCGCCAGCUGACGAUCGGCAUCCGCAUCUCCUUUGGUGACAAGUACCAGUAUGUGAAGAAAAGCGACGUCCGGAACAUGCUGGCCAAGAUCAAGCGGGAGGAGGAACGUAAGGCUGCUGCUGCCGCUGCUGCUGCUGGUCUACCGGCAAAUGCCCCUUACACGCUUAUUCCUCAGUCACAUCUCCCGCCUCCUCCCCCACCGCAGCAUGUCGAACGGAUGCCUCAGUUGCCACCUGAGAUGCAAGUGCCGGAUCCGGAUCUGGAAUCGGAUGAUGAUGGUGAUGAGAUUUGUCCGUAA